AUGGCCGGGGGUCGCGAUUGGGGGGAGGCCCUCUCCAGGGGGAGAGUGGCAGCGGGAGCGGUGGUUAGCUCUAUCCGCAGGCUGGGCCUCGAGGUGGCACUCGACAAGACCGAGGCCGUUGUGUUCCACGUCGGAGCACGCAGCAAGCCACCCGAGGGACUGUCCCUGCAUGUGGAUACAACCCUCGUCAGGAUCACCCGGGAAAUGAGGUACCUCGGGUUGAUCCUGGACGACCGAUGGAGGUUCGAGGGCCACCUUGCCGCGGCCGCUAACCGGGCGAGAGCGAGAGCGACCCAGUUGGGCCGCCUCCUCCCCAACCUGGGCGGCCCGGAUGACAAGGUGCGUAGGUUGUACGCCAACGUAGUCAAGUCGGUGGUGCUCUACGGGGCCCCUGUUUGGGCCCCAAGGCUCGCGGCACUGAGGCGUGCCCGCGCCGGCAUGGCGCGG